AUUGUUCUCAGUAUGACUCCCUGAUAACGGUUAAAUAAAUAAUGCAUGAAUGAUAUCGUUUGCUAAAGUGCCCACAUCUUCCAGAAAUACUGCCGCGCUCAGAACAACUGGGGGCUUGGAACUCCGAAAUAUCGGACUUCAGUGCGUUCAAAACAACUGGGAUCUCCGGAAAAACCCGAACUCGACUUGAACGAGCUCGAUUUGAACGGUCAUCCGACUUGGAAUUCCAACUCCAGAACUCGGGCCUCAUUCUAGAUCUCCGACUUUCCGACAUGAGGAUCACUGAGGUCAUGAUUUCACCGUAUCUGUCCGAGUUCACAGUUGUUUUGAACGCAGCAUACAUUGCGACCCCUCUUCAAAAUGGAUCGAGUUUACAAAUUGUCGUCGUGACGUCAUGUGCAAUCGAUCAGAUCAGUUUUGGUCAAGGCCGGGGGUGGUGCAGUUAAAUAUGUGGCAUUCGCAAUAAUGUAUUCCUUUUAGUUGUAUCUAGGCUAUGUGUGUUAACACUGAUAAAUCUUUGUGGCUUCGGCUUAAAUGUAUUUAGGCCUAGCUCUACCUGUUUCCUGCUCAAGUCACAUGAUUGACUACACCGACCGUGCAGCAGGACUUCGUGGGAUCUGUCUGGCUAGUCGCUACGAAACGGGGUGACUGUCGGUAACAAACUCAGGUGAAGUGUUUGACGGGGCCCCAGAGCUGCAACUGGACUGCCUCUGCAGUGGUGACGACCGCAGCAGUGCAGAAAUGAAGCAUGAGGGCAACCUCCUCCCCCUGGAACUACCCCACCAUGCAGGGUUUUCCAGCCCCCCCCAGAAAGGGCCUUCCUCACUAGCUGAGAAGAGCAGCCCGCUGCUCAUGGAGCCCAGCAACAUCAAGGCCGACCCCGCCGGCGACAUGCCUGCCAACACAGAGGGUCAGCCGGUGAAGAGGAAGAAGGGUCCAGCACCCAAGAUGCUGGGUAACGAGGUGUGCAGCGUGUGCGGGGACAAAGCCUCGGGCUUCCACUACAACGUGCUGAGCUGCGAGGGCUGCAAGGGCUUCUUCCGCCGCAGCGUCAUCAAGAGCGCCCAGUACUCGUGCAAGAACAACGGCCGCUGUGAGAUGGACAUGUACAUGCGCCGCAAGUGCCAGCAGUGCCGGCUGCGCAAGUGCCGCGAGGCGGGCAUGCUGGAGCAAUGCGUUCUCUCAGAGGAGCAGAUCCGAGUGAAGAAAAUGAAGAAGAACGAGGAAGAGACUGCACGCACGUCUGCCGUGGUGACCCCCACCCCGGUGCCGGAGGUGGUCCCGCUGGCGCCCGAGCAGUUGGAGAUGAUCGAGAAGCUGGUGGCCAUGCAGAAGCAGUGCAACAAGCGCUCGUUCAUCGACCGGCCCAAAGUCACGCCGUGGCCCCAGAGUCAGGACCCCCAGAACAGGGAGGCGCGGCAGCAGCGCUUUGCCCACUUCACCGAGCUGGCCAUCAUGUCGGUCCAGGAGAUAGUGGACUUUGCCAAGCAGUUGCCUGGCUUCCUAGAGCUCACCAGAGAGGACCAGAUUGCCCUGCUGAAGACCUCAACCAUUGAGAUCAUGCUGCUGGAAACUUCGCGGAGAUAUAACCCUGCCAUUGAGAGCAUCACGUUCCUGAAGGACUUCAGUUAUAACAAGGAGGAUUUUGCCAAAGCAGGGCUGCAGUUAGAGUUUAUCAACCCCAUCUUUGAGUUCUCCAAGGGCAUGAACGACCUGCACCUGGACGAGGCGGAGUACGCUCUGCUCAUCGCCAUCAACAUCUUCUCUGCAGGUCAGAGGUCAAGUGGUAUGCUAGUGUGGAACAGAGCCCAUAUGCAAGACCGGCCCAAUGUGCAGGACCAUGAACUGGUGGAGCGACUGCAGCAGCCGUACGUGGACGCACUUCGUUCUUACAUCAUGAUAAAGAGACCAAACGAUCACCUGAUGUUUCCACGCAUGCUCAUGAAGCUGGUCAGCCUCCGCACCCUCAGCAGCGUCCACUCUGAGCAGGUCUUCGCCCUACGCCUCCAGGACAAGAAGCUCCCGCCGCUGUUAUCUGAAAUCUGGGACGUCCACGAGUAACUUCGCCGACACCCUUGCGGAACUCUGCCGCGCUCCGCAAACCUGCGUACUGGGAUGGACAGAAACAGUGGGUUCGUCUUUCGAGUGUCGAAAAAAAAGACUUGAAUGAAUCGAUGCCUCCCAGGAUACCCAAACACGACGGAUCAAACCUACUGAUCGGUUGCAAGAUUGGAGGAACUUUUUUUCUUCUGUAUCUUCUAUGCAGUUUGGGAGGAUAGUGAUGGCCCUCUGUCCUGCAGACUGGGAUACUAAUCUCAUGGGGAGGUUGGGGCAAAGAAAUAGAAUUACCAAUUAUAUUCAUUCUGUUUCUAUGGGUUGAGGAUUGUGCACACCUGAUUUCUCUCCCUCGCCCAUUUCGUUAUUAAAGGUGAGACGGGCUUGUGGUGAGAUUGUGUUGCCAUGGUCAGUGUGGCUCAGACUUGCUAGCCAGUGUUAACCAUUACAUCUACUGAUAUCUGUUGAUAGGCCGAUCACGAGACUAUCUAUAACGACAAUUACCAUGAAGGUUUUGGCAAUGACCCCCCCCC